GGUCUCGUUGGGGGUGGGGGGCCCUGGUGGGAAAGAAGGACGCAUCCUGGAGCCAGAGGAGAGGACGGCGGCCCUGCUUAACCUCACUGCUAGCAUGUUGUACCUGGAGAAUAAUGCCCAGUCCCAGUACAGUGAGCCGCAGUAUACCAACCUGGGGCUCCUCAAUAGCAUGGACCAGCAGAUCCAAAAUGGCUCCUCCUCCACCAGCCCCUACAACACAGAGCACGCUCAGAACAGCGUCACGACGCCCUCGCCCUACGCCCAGCCCAGCUCCACCUUCGAUGCCCUCUCGCCUUCCCCGGCCAUCCCUUCCAACACAGACUAUCCGGGUCCUCACAGCUUCGACGUAUCAUUUCAACAAUCCAGCACAGCCAAGUCCGCAACGUGGACGUACUCUACCGAACUGAAGAAGUUGUACUGCCAGAUCGCCAAGACGUGUCCCAUCCAGAUCAAGGUGAUGACGCCCCCGCCGCAGGGGGCCGUCAUCCGCGCCAUGCCCGUGUACAAGAAAGCCGAGCACGUCACCGAAGUGGUGAAACGGUGUCCCAAUCACGAGCUCAGCCGCGAAUUCAACGAGGGUCAGAUUGCUCCUCCCAGUCACCUGAUCAGAGUGGAAGGAAACAGCCAUGCCCAGUACGUGGAGGACCCCAUUACGGGGAGACAGAGCGUCCUCGUGCCCUACGAACCUCCGCAGGUGGGCACCGAAUUCACGACUGUCUUGUACAACUUCAUGUGCAACAGCAGCUGCGUCGGGGGCAUGAACAGGCGCCCCAUCCUCAUCAUUGUGACACUGGAAACAAGAGACGGGCAAGUUCUGGGGCGUCGGUGCUUCGAGGCUCGGAUCUGCGCCUGCCCAGGCAGGGACCGCAAAGCCGACGAGGACAGUAUCCGGAAGCAGCAAGUCUCUGACAGUACAAAGAACGGUGAUGGUACGAAGCGCCCUUUCCGGCAGAGCACCCACGGGAUCCAGAUGACAUCUGUCAAGAAACGGCGCACCCCAGAUGAUGAGCUUUUGUACCUGCCUGUGCGCGGCAGGGAGACCUACGAAAUGCUGCUGAAGAUCAAGGAGUCCCUAGAGCUGAUGCAGUACCUCCCCCAGCACACGAUCGAGACGUACCGGCAGCAGCAGCAGCAGCAACAUCAGCACCUGCUGCAGAAGCAAAGUUCCAUCCAAUCUCAGUCUUCGUACGGGUCCGCCUCCCCUCCGCUCAGCAAGAUGAACAGUAUGAACAAGCUGCCCUCAGUCAGUCAGCUCAUCAACCCACAACAGCGCAACGCCCUGACGCCCACAUCGAUCCCAGACAGCAUGGCGGCAAACAUUCCUAUGAUGGGGGCCCACAUGGCCAUGGCAGGGGACAUGAACGGACUCAGUCCCACGCAGACGCUGCCCCCGUCCCUCUCCAUGCCGUCGACAUCCCACUGCACCCCGCCUCCCCCCUACCCGACAGACUGCAGUAUUGUCAGUUUCUUAGCACGGCUGGGCUGCUCGUCCUGCGUGGAUUAUUUUACGGCGCAAGGGUUGACCACCAUCUAUCAGAUUGAACACUACUCCAUGGAUGAUCUGGUGAGCCUCAAGAUCCCGGAGCAGUUCCGCCACGCCAUUUGGAAAGGCCUCCUGGACCACCGGCAGAUCCACGACUUCUCCUCCCCGCCCCACCUCCUGCGCACGCCCAGCGGUGCCUCCACCGUCAACGUGGGCUCCAGCGAGACCCGCGGGGAGCGGGUGAUCGACGCCGUGCGCUUCACGCUCCGCCAGACCAUCUCCUUCCCGCCCCGCGAUGAGUGGAGCGACUUCAACUUCGACUUGGACGCCCGUCGCAAUAAGCAGCAGCGGAUCAAGGAGGAAGGAGAGUGAAGGGGGUGUUGU